AUGAUUCGGAGCGUUGCAUUCGAGCUGACCAAACGCGCGUCGUCGUCGUCCGUUGCUGCUGUUGCCGCGUCGAUGCGUGCGACAACUCGUUGUGCUGCUGUCGCUGCCACUUCCGCCGUCGUGCGUGGCAUGUCGACGAGCGCGAACAACAACAACCAGCAGGAACAGGACAAGCAGCAGCAGAACAACGAGCAAUCCGAGUCGACCGCGUCCAAGCUCACCAAGCCGGGCUUUGUCGCAGCUGCUGCAGUCGCGCUGGUCGUCUGGCAGCUCGAGUCGCGCGGAGAGCGCUUUGGAGCGUCGGUGGACGGCGGUCAUCAGUCGCAGGAGCCGCGCGGCUUGAUCUCGUCCUGGGUCGCCAAGGCGCUCGGCCACUCGACCGUCCGCGCCAACGCGCGCCUGUCUGAAGACUCGAACGUGCGUGCACUGAUUGCCGAGGCUGCCAUGGGCAAGACGGGCUCGCGUCAGUUCACCUCGCUGAUGACCACCGUCUGCCAGCACGCCGACCGGCUCUACGACGGCGGCCACAUGGACGAUCUGUAUGCGUUCUUGCAUGCCACGAUGGCUGCAGACAGCCCUCUCAAGAGCGGCGCCAUCGCGUGGCGUGCUGCACGCGCCGCCCGCGAACGGUCGCUGGCCACCACGGACGCCGAGCUAAAGAAGAAGCUCGUGUACGAGGCGUACGAGCUGGCCAAGCGCGCGAUCGAGUACGAUCCGAGCGACUUUGCCUGCCACAAGUGGCUGGGCAUCACGAUCAGCGACGUGGGCGAGUACGAGGGCGUCAAGGUCAAGAUUUCCAACGCCUUCACCAUCAAGAAGCACUUUGACGAAGCGGUGCGCCUCAACCCCGACGAUCCCACCUCGCGCCACCUCGUUGGCAUGUGGUGCUUCACCUUUGCCGAUAUGCCGUGGUACCAGCGCAAGAUUGCCGCAACCCUCUUUGCCACCCCGCCCAGCGCCACGUACGACGAGGCCCUUGGCCAUUUUGUCGCCGCCGAAAACAUUGAACCCGGCUUUUACGUGAAAAACACACUCAUGAUUGGCAAGGUCUACCUUCGGAUGGGCCAGAAGGAGGAGGCGAAAAAGUAUCUCACCAAGACCAUCUUCCAAGCCAAGACGGAGGCUGAUCGUGAGUCCCUGGAGGAGGCCAAGCAGAUUCUCGAGAAGAUGUAAAUUUGAAUUUCCAUCGAGGACGUGGGCCACAUCCACACAUCCAGCUCAACCAACACAACACCAACAACAAAUUCAAUCCAUCAUCGCAACUGUUGUCAUCGCAGUUUUUCUUUGCAGUUGUGCUCGUGUACAUGUCAAAAACUAAACCAAAUUCACUCCA